AUGGCCACAUCCAGUGACUUCCUGUCUGAGGACCAGUUCCAGUGCUCCAUCUGUCUGGACAUUUUCACUGAUCCUGUAUCUACGCCAUGUGGACACACCUUCUGCAAGGCCUGUCUGACCAGACACUGGGCUGGCAAGCGGGAAUGCCAGUGUCCUCUGUGCAACAACAAGUUCGACAAAGACCUCAAACUGUCUGUCAACACCACAUUCAGGGAGGUUGUGGACAACUUCAAGAAACAUCAUCCAACAGCCGACGCUACUUCCUUGUUAAAACCCUGGGAGGUGUCAUGUGACGUUUGCCCGGCGAACAAGCUCAGAGCCUCAAGAACCUGCUUGGUGUGCUUAGCCUCUUUUUGUGAAACACAUUUAGAGCCUCACCUGAGAGUGGCUGCCCUACGAAGACACAAACUCUCAAAUCCUGUUACCGACCUGGAGGAGAAAAUAUGCAGGGAACACAACCGGAUUGUGGAGUUCUUCUGCUUGAAUGAUCAGAUUCGUCUUUGUGCCUUGUGCACAGAACAUAGCGAUCAUUACACAGUCAGUUUGAAUGAGGCAUAUAUGGACCAAAGAUCUCACAUCUGGAGGAGGAAAGAGAGUGUACAGAAAACUGAACAGCAAAAGAAUAAAAGUGUGCAGGGUAAAAAGAAGGGCAAAGGGGUACGACAAGAGAAUGUGAAGGCUCAAGCUACAGCACCACAUCAUUUUACUGGAUGUAACUGCAUGUUUCAUAACCAAGGUAUCAUGAGAGGAAAAGCUUUUUAUGACAUUCAAGUCAAUAGGCAAGAUGAAUGUGAUUUAGCAGCAGUUAGAGAGUCAGUUUUAAAGACAAUGCCAUUCCCACCAAGCUGGGAUGGGUGCUGCUUUGCAAGGUUUAGGGUUAGGAGGAACACUAAGAGAAUAUUGGUGCUUAUAGAUUAUGACUACGGGCUUGUACUUUUCCUUGAUCCAGAUAAUGACAUCCUGAUGCACAAACUUACAGGCGGUCAAUUCAAUGAGCAAAUCUUACUGUGCUUUGUUCCCAGGCAAUAUGAGCCUUUUAACUACGUGCAGAGAGAUUCACAAAAGUUCUACUUGGGGCUUGGUGUGUUUGUGGUAUUUUGUCUACUGUUCUACAUCAGUAUGUCAAGAUAAACCAAAUUUAGACAGGAAUUUAU